GUGGGGUCCUAUAAAUACAAACCCAGCAUAUGAACACAGAGCGCAUUCCAUUUCAUUCACUCGCAACUUCUCCACCUGAAUCCAAGAGAGAGUGAGAGAAAGAGAAAGAGAGUUUUCCCUCUCGCUCUAGAAACUCCCUCAUUUCCACCUCAAUCUUUAUCUCUUUUUCUCUCUUAAAUCAAAUAAAGCAAAAAUGUUCAUCGACAAUUUCAAGGUAGAAAGCCCGAAUGUAACAUACAGUGAGAAUGAAAUAAACUCGGUGUAUAGUUAUGAAACAACUGAGUUGGUUCACGAGAAUCGCAAAGGUGUUGGUUAUCAAUGGAUCGUCAAACCCAAAACUGUCAAAUACCAAUUCAAAACUGAAACCCAUGUCCCUAAACUUGGGGUGAUGUUGGUGGGAUGGGGUGGCAACAACGGUUGCACACUUACGGGUGGUGUCAUCGCUAACCGCGAGGGGAUAUCAUGGGCAACAAAGGACAAGGUUCAGCAAGCCAACUAUUUUGGAUCCCUAACUCAGGCAUCCUCAAUUCGUGUUGGUUCUUUCAAUGGAGAGGAAAUCUAUGCUCCUUUCAAGAGUCUCCUCCCCAUGGUGAACCCAGAGGAUAUUGUGUUUGGGGGCUGGGAUAUUAGUGACAUGAACCUGGCAGAUGCAAUGACCAGGGCUAGGGUCUUUGAUAUUGAUUUACAAAAGCAAUUGAGGCCCUACAUGGAACACACGAUUCCCUUACCUGGUAUUUAUGACCCGGAUUUUAUUGCUGCCAACCAAGAUUCUCGUGCUAAUAACAUCAUUAAGGGCACUAAGAAAGAACAACUUGAGCAAGUCAUUAAGGACAUCAGAGAGUUCAAGGAGAAGAACAAAGUGGACAAGGUGGUGGUGCUCUGGACAGCAAACACAGAGAGGUACAGCAAUGUGGUAGUGGGACUGAAUGACACCACAGAGAACCUGAUGGCAGCUAUUGAUAGGAACGAGUCUGAGAUUUCACCAUCGACUUUGUAUGCAAUUGCCUGUGUCCUUGAAAACGUGCCUUUCAUCAACGGUAGUCCUCAGAACACCUUCGUCCCUGGACUAAUUGAUCUGGCCAUUAAGAACAACAGUUUGAUUGGAGGGGACGACUUCAAGAGUGGUCAGACUAAGAUGAAAUCCGUGCUCGUGGAUUUCCUUGUUGGGGCUGGUAUUAAGCCAACAUCAAUCGUGAGCUACAACCACUUGGGAAACAAUGACGGGAUGAACUUGUCAGCACCUCAGACUUUCAGGUCUAAAGAGAUAUCGAAGAGUAAUGUGGUUGAUGAUAUGGUUGCUAGCAAUGGUAUACUGUAUGAGCCUGGUGAACACCCCGAUCAUGUUGUUGUCAUCAAGUAUGUUCCAUAUGUGGGAGACAGCAAGAGAGCCAUGGAUGAGUAUACAUCCGAGAUAUUCAUGGGUGGUAAGAACACCAUUGUGUUGCACAACACUUGUGAGGACUCGCUUUUGGCUGCGCCAAUUAUCCUUGACUUGGUCCUCCUUGCUGAGCUUAGCACCCGAAUCCAGUUCAAGGCUGAAACAGAGGACAAGUUUCACUCUUUCCAUCCAGUUGCUACCAUACUCAGUUACCUCACUAAAGCACCUCUUGUUCCACCAGGCACUCCAGUGGUGAAUGCGCUCUCAAAGCAGAGGGCAAUGCUCGAGAAUAUAAUGAGGGCAUGUGUAGGAUUGGCCCCGGAGAACAACAUGAUACUCGAAUACAAGUAGAAUAGGAGAUGCACAAAUAGCACAACAGCCGACGCCCCAUAUUUCAAAGGCAUCGCCAAAUAAAAAGAUGUUGAUCUGAAAGUAGUUAUGCUGUUGUGUUUUUGUAUUAGUGACUGGAAAGGCAGCACCCAUUAAUCAAAUGUAGCUUUUGUGGUGUUUUUUAAUUUAUUAUUUCUGUUUCUUAAUGUUUCUCUGUCUCAUGGACUUUUUCUGGUAGACGUGGUAGUGGUGCCAUUGUUUGUUCUUCUAAUGUAUAUUUGCUGGUGUAAGCAGUAUUCAAAACUUAAAAGCAAGCUGUUUUUGCCUGCUUAGCUUAAACUAUGUAAUUAUUGUCUUAA